CUAUUCGAAAUGGAAUGAGACUAGUCUCAGUUACUAACGUUAUAGGUGUUAAUCUUAUAAAAGCUUUGCAACUAUUGUUUUAUCAAUCUAUCUAAGCUACUAUCUCGCUUUGAAUAUUUGUCGUCAAACUGUGCGUUCACUAUCAGUCGCCUUAGUUGCGUCUCUACAGAGAUAUUACAGAUAAACAAAUGAAUGACGUGUACAGGCUCCCUUAAUUAACCAAUAAAAAAUCAUAUUUAGCAUUUGACUCUGUAUGCUAAAAAUUACGUUUUGAACACACGUCCGUUUUUGAUUGGUUGAAUAUUUAACGUUAGUAACGUUUGUGUUUCUUCAGAUAUAUGUGUGUAUUGUUCAAUAUGUGAUAGAAGGUAUGAUGACAGCUGUUUGGUUCACCAUAUUUAGAACUUUAACAAAGUAUAUAAGUAAAUAAGUAUAGAAAUGAAUUCUUCAUCCAUCACCCGUGUUGAGAUUAAGCCGCAAUGCCGAACACGCAAAAGAAAAACUCAAGUCAAAGAAAACCAAAGGACAAAGCUGAAGACGGAGACUGAUGAUUCUGACGCCUAUAGUCAUAAAGAAAUAUCCAGAAAUGUUCAUCCAGAAGAGAUUGUAACAGAAUUACAAGCCACUUAUGACUUGUCUAAUACCCAGCCAUAUGGAAAUCAAUGUAUUGGUGAACAUGAAGCUCAGGAGUCGGAAGUGGGAGAAGCGGAUUUACACAAAUAUCUGGAAGGCUGUAAGAAGAAUCCAGGCCAUAGUCAGUUUAUACCUGUUGCUACAUUCACCCUAAAACAUCUACCUGAAGGGUAUCAAGAUAUUGCUUUGUUUGAGCUUAUCAAAGCUGUGGCUGAUUUGACACUAAGAAUAGACGUUAAAAUAACGAGUCCACUCAGACCAAAGUUUUGGCCAGAUACAAUUCAGCCAUAUCCAUUUUAUGAGUGACACAAGAAACUUUAGGACAGGAAGUGGAUGGGUGUCUGAUAUAAAGAGGAUUCAAGAUGGCAUCGUAGAAGAUAACGGUAUUAAGGCUGAUUACACACUUUGCUGGUGUAGAAAAUGUCAAGAUUCAGUCACACCCAGCAAUGUGUGGUGGGAAUUUGAUGUGGUCACAGCUACGCAUGUGGUUUUUGAUGACGUUGAGGCCCGCCACACGACACUGAGAUUGUUUUACGACACAGAUGAUAGUCCAGUGAUAAGUGCUGAUCAGGUCAUUUUUGUAGACAAAAAUAUUAAGUAUGAUAGUUGUUUGUUGAAAGGCGUGACAUGCAAUAAAAAUUUGGGAGGCAAACUGAAGGUAAUGUUCAAUCAUUACGAAAAUAUUUGGUGGAAGGUUUUUAACAAAUACUUUGACACCAGAGACAGACACAAGUUUAAUUUUAUUGUCUCACAUCCCCACGGAUGUUGUAAACAGGUCAGUCUGGGUAAAUGGAAAGAUCAAUUCAAGUUGGGUGAUAGAACUAGGUUGACCUAUAGAACUUGUACAUGCCCAGGAAGUAGUGGAGCUCAUGUCCACUGUUUGGGGUAUAAUUGGAGGUGGUGGUCGGAUCUUGUCCACAGCGGCAGUUUAAAAUCUGGAUUAAAUUACAGUAGUUGUGGUCGUGUUGUGUAAUUUGUUUUCUUUGUUUGUUUUUAGAUGUCAACUUACAAUUUAGGAAAAUUAUCAUUAUGUCUAGAAACUAUACAUUUUUAAUAUCUAAAAAGCUAGUUAAUUUCAAAAAGUUUCUUAAUGAAUAUAAGAUAAAUUUAUUUUUUUUGGUCCAAGAAAAUGGAAAUUCAGUUUAAGUACAAAUAGACUUACAUGUAAUUCUCGAUGACCACAGAUGACCUUGUAAAAUUGUGACUAAAAAUGUGAUUAAAGAGUUUUAAAAUCUUUCUGUUUAAGUCCUAAUGGAAAGGGGACGACCACUUCGUCAAGAUCUGAUGUAACGGCGGGUGCAUAUAUAUCGUGUAUCUUUACCACGUUGUAUUUAUUUAUGUAUUACCAAUCUUUUUAUCUGUUUAUUUCGAAUAAAUAUACUUGUAAGAA